AUGGCCACGAAUAUCUUCAUAUUGCUCCUCCACUUGCUCCUCCUUGGUGCGACGGCGCAGUUACUGCCACCAGCACCUCAGCAAUCAGACUGCGUGGAGGAUCUGGUGGCGUUCUCCCCCUGCCUGCCCUUCGUGUCUGACCCGCCAAACAACGCUACUGACUCCGUUGCUCCACAGUGCUGCGACGUCUUCGCUUCUGCUUUCGAAUCCGGUGAGGGUUACUGUUUCUGUUACAUCCUCCGGCAGCCGUUGAUCUUUGGGUUCCCAUUGAACAAAGAAAGGGUCGCUUCACUGUCUUCCUCUUGCGUGGCCAAGAACGGCGUCACUUCUCUGGACUCACUCUGCUCUUCAGUUGUACCAUCGCUGCCGCCAUUGCCAAGCACCACAGAUUCAGAGAUUUCAAAACCAUCCAAUUCUCAUAAUAGCCAAUCGAAUUCGACAAACUCUCCACUGGAACCUGCAGUCAGGUCGCCUACACCGCCAAGUUCCCCGGUAGAACAAACGGUGUUUUCUUCUGCGACAAAUCAGAUUUACAAGCACAUCACUUGGUUCCUACUUGGAAUGAUUAGUUUUCUGCUUAAACCACAAUCACUCUUAGUGUGA